AUGUCAUCAUUUAAUUCAGUCACCUUGCAAUAUAAAUGGACAUAGCGCGCCAAGAGGCUCAAAGAGCACCACAGCAAAAGCGCUUUUUUGCACUGAUCACCACCGCCACCGGCAGACACUGGUAUAAUGGGGAAACCAAAACAACAAGUAAUUUCCCGUUUCUUUGCACCUAAACCAAACAUCAUCAACAACAACAAAGACCCUUCAACUUCAUCAACAACGCCCUCUACCCCACCUCCCAAAAUUACUGCCACCGUUAACUUUUCACCUGCAAAACGCCUUAGAACUUCCCAACUCAUUUCUCCUCAUACCAACAAAUUACUUUAUGAUGAUCAUCCCAUAAAACCCACCAAAACCCCUAAACUAUCAACCCACGUACAUAACCCCACCCUCCACCAGAAGUUCCUGGAUAAACUUCUUGAACCUUCUUAUGACCUUCAAGAACCAUCCAAAUGUCAAGAAACUGCAAACCCCAAGUACACACCAUUAGAGCAACAAGUUUUGGAGCUUAAGGAAAGGUAUCCAGAUGUUUUGUUAAUGAUUGAAGUUGGUUAUAAGUACAGGUUUUUUGGUCAGGAUGCAGAAAAUGCUGCUAGAGUAUUGAGUAUUUAUGCACAUAUGGAUCAUAAUUUCUUGACAGCUAGUGUACCGACUUUUCGGUUGAAUGUUCAUGUAAGGAGGUUAGUUAAUGCAGGGUAUAAAGUUGGGGUUGUUAAACAAACUGAAACUGCUGCAAUUAAGGCUCAUGGUAAGAAUAAAUUGGGCCCGUUUGGUCGUGGAUUAUCGGCAUUGUAUACGAAAGCUACUUUAGAGGCGUCUGAAGAUGUUGGGGGUGGAGAUGAGGGGUUUGGAUCAUGUAAUAACUAUUUGGUUUGUGUUGUCGAGAAGGGAAUCAAUGGGGAUGAUGUGAAACUUGGGGUUGUUGGGGUUGAGGUUUCGACGGGGGAUGUUGUUUUCGGGGAGUUUACUGAUAAUUUCAUGAGGGCUGGAUUGGAGGCUAUGAUACUGAACUUGUUGCCAGCUGAGUUGCUUGUUGGCAGGCCUAUAUCUAGGCAGACAGAGAAGAUGCUACUGGCUUAUGCUGGACCGGCAUCUAAUGUUAGGGUGGAGGAUGUCUCAUCAGAUCGGUUCAGUGAUGGUGGUGCUCUUGCUGAAGUGAUGUCUCUAUAUGAGGGCAUGCAGGAAAGUUAUUUGUUAGAUGUCCAAGAAAGGGAAGAGGCUGAAAUGAAAACACACGAAUGCAAUCAAAUUGCAAUCCAGGGAAUUAUGGCAAUGCCUGAUUUGGCUGUACAAGCAUUGGCCCUAAUUGUUAGGCAUCUAAAACAAUUUGGUUUGGAAAGAGUUCUGUGCUUGGGAGCUUCAUUUCGUCCCUUCUCCAGCAACAUGGAGAUGACUCUUUCAGCCAAUGCACUGCAACAACUUGAGGUUUUGAAGAAUAACUUUGACGGAUCUGAAUCUGGCUCCUUACUGCAGUGUAUGAAUCAGACACUUACUGUAUUUGGUGCAAGGCUUCUCAGGCAUUGGGUGACUCAUCCUUUACGUGAUAGAAACAUGAUAGAUGCUCGUCUUGAUGCAGUUUCAGAGAUUGCAGAAUUUAUGAAAACUUGUCGAACUUCGCAUACUUCUGACUUAGAUGUGGAAGGUGCUGAUGUCACCAUUUCACAACCAGAUAUUCAUCAUGUAAUUUCUUCAGUUUUGUCCAGUCUAGGAAAGUCGCCGGAUAUCCAACGCGGGGUUACAAGAAUCUUUCACAGAAAAGCUACUGCAUCUGAGUUUAUUGCAGUCACUCAAGCUAUCUUGCUUGCUGCAAAACAACUUCAGCAGCUUUGCAUAGAAGAGGACAAAAGUAUGGAUCUGAGAGAGCCCCUGCGCUCAGUACUACUGAGAAAGUUGAUAUCAAUUGCCUCAUCGUCUACUGUUAUUAGUGCUGCCGCAAAGCUUUUGUCUGCUUUGAACAAGGAAGCCGCUGAAAAAGGGGAUCUUCAGAAUUUAUUCAUCGUUUCUGAUGGAAAAGUCCCAGAGGUUGCUGAAGGUACAAGGAGAGUUGAGUUGUCUAAUGAGAAGUUGGACUCAUUGAUUUUAAUGUAUCGCAAACAGCUUCGCAUCCGCAAUUUGGAGUACAUGAGUGUAGCUGGAAUUACACAUUUAAUAGAGUUGCCUCUAGAUACGAAGGUACCUCCAGAUUGGGUCAAAGUGAACAGUACUAAGAAAGCAAUACGCUAUCAUCCACCAGAAGUAUUAGUGGCUUUAGAUGAAUUGGCAUUGGCAAAUGAACAGCUCACUGUCAUUUGCCAAGCUGCUUGGAAUAAUUUCUUAAGGGGUUUUGCUGGAUACUUUGCUGAGUUCCAAGCUGCUGUGCAAGCCUUGGCUUCAUUGGAUUGCCUAAAUUCCCUUGCAAUUCUUUCAAGGAAUAAGAAUUAUGUUCGUCCACUCUUUGUGAAGGAUGAGGAGGCUGUUCAGAUACAUAUUUGCUCUGGUCGUCACCCGGUUUUGGAGAGAGUAUUACAAGAUAACUUUGUCCCAAAUGAUACAGAUUUGCAUGCAGAAAGAGAGUAUUGUCAGAUUGUUACUGGACCAAAUAUGGGGGGAAAAAGUUGCUAUAUUCGCCAAGUUGCUCUUAUUGCUCUCAUGGCUCAGGUUGGAUCCUUUGUACCAGCAUUCUCUGCAAAACUACAUGUGCUAGAUGGCAUAUAUACUCGUAUGGGUGCAUCGGACAGUAUACAGCAGGGAAGGAGCACCUUCUUAGAAGAACUCAGUGAGGCUUCUGAUAUACUGAAAAAAAGCUCAGCUAACUCAUUGGUUAUACUUGAUGAGCUUGGGAGAGGCACCAGUACACAUGAUGGCGUAGCAAUUGCUUAUGCAACACUCCAAUAUCUCCUAGAGCACAAAAAAUGCAUGGUUCUAUUUGUUACCCAUUACCCUGAAAUUGUCAGUAUCAAGAAUGAGUUUCCAGGCUCUGUGGGACCAUACCAUGUGUCAUAUCUGACAUCCCAAAGAGAUGUGAAUGGGGAUUUCAAGUCAAAUGAGAAGAUGGAUCACGUCAAUAGUGAAGACAUCACCUACCUUUACAAGCUUGCUCCAGGAGUCUCUGAGAGGAGUUUUGGUUUUAAAGUUGCUCAGCUUGCACAACUUCCGGUCACAUGUAUUCAGCGAGCUGUUGUAAUAGCUGGAAGACUAGAAGCAGCAGUCUGUAAGGACACGGAGCGAAAUCAAACUCGAAGGAGCUCUUCUUUAAGUUACAAGGAAAGUGGCUGUAAAGAAUCUGAAUCAGUAGAGGACGUCUUGGAACCUGAUUGCUCGUCUGCUGGAAGAGUUGAAGGCCUAGAUGACAUUAGCGAGCUUUAUAGGGAGUUGUUUCUGAAUCUAGACAUUGCAUUUCUUGAAGAACAUGGUGAUGAAAGGAGGCUCCAGUUUCUAAUGCAGGCUAAAAGCCUUGCAGCUCAGUUGAUAAUUAGGUAAAUGCUGGUUGUGAAACUGUUUGCCUGCUUCUACAGUCAUAUGAAGGACACAACUAUUUUUGUCAAAAUAGGAAAAGAGGAAUUCCUUGCUUUAUAUCAUUCAGGAUUGCAGGUGCUGGCUUGGUCAUAUUCCCUGAUGAACCCAGAGUGUAAUCUUAAAAAGGAGAAAACUGUGCUGGUAGUGGAUGAAUCCUUCCCAUGUAAAAAUUUUCUUUUCUGUUUGGGAUGACGGUUUGUCCAAGACAACAUGAAGUUGCAUCUCAACCAAUCCAGCUGGCAACCAGCUGCAGCCUACGAUCACUGAUGCUGAGUAUACCUGCUCAUGAAAGUUGGAUGGGCUUACACUGAGAGUUUGGCAGUAUUUAAGAAUUCUAUCCGUUUCCCUUUUAGUCCUCUUGCCUCCCAAGUGUCGCCAUUGGCCAUCAAUUUUCAAUAGUUAUAGACGGCCAAUCUUGGUUCAGUAUCAUCGUGUGUCAAGAGUCAUCCUUUUUGUGAGCUUUUCAUUAUUUUCACUGAUCAAUUAAGUUAAAAGUUGUAUAUAUCUAAAUGAAGAAAUAACUGUUGGCUUGGGUGCAUGUGAAGCUGCUCCACCCUAUCUUUACCAUGGUUAUUCUUGCUAUGAUUUUGUUGAAACAAUUGAAUGGUGACCGAGCUGCUAUGAAAGAAUAAGAGUAAAA